AUGUUUUUGGAUAAGAUAAAUUUCUGGCAACGAAGAAAGCCCCAAGCAUUAGCACGUCAAGUGUUUGUUAAUGAGCCACUACCGAAAAGUAAACUUGAUGCAAAAGGACGACCAGUUCAAAAAUAUGUCACAAACAAAGUAAAAACUUCGAAAUAUUCCAUCUUAACAUUUAUACCAAAAAAUUUGUACGAGCAAUUUCGGCGUGUAGCCAACUUUUUUUUUUUCGCGUUGGUCAUAUUGCAAUGGCUUCCAGAAUUCGCGACUAUAAAUCCUGUCGUGUCGGCAUUGCCUAUGUUUAUUAUUAUAAGUAUUACGGCUAUAAAGGAUGGAUUUGAAGAUUGGAAACGUCAUGUAACAGACAAGACUUUAAAUAAUCGAAAGACAUGGACACUUCGGAAUUGGCAAAAUUAUAAUUACGCUGAUUUUCAUUCAUUGUCUACUAUUCAGCGUAUAAAAUCAUUUCUUACGCGAGAAUCAAUACAAAGACCUGAUCAAAAAGGAGAACCUGAAUGGCAAGAAACUCUAUGGAAAGAUGUGCGAGUGGGCGAUUUCAUCAAACUUAAAAAUGAUGACUUUAUUCCAGCUGAUGUUCUUAUACUUUCCACAUCUGAGCCGAAUUCCUUAUGUUAUGUCGAAACUAAAAAUCUCGAUGGUGAAACAAAUUUAAAAAUUCGACAAACAGUUCCCGAAACAGAUCACCUCAAUACACCGAAAGACUGCGCAUCUAUUAAAUUCUAUGUAGAUUCUGAACCACCGACCACGAAUUUAUUCAGCUAUAAUGCAACUUUAGUAUUUCCAGAAGGUCUACCAGGUCGACCACGUCCUCGUAGUGGCGCAAUAAGAGUGCCGAUUAAUUUGAAUGCAAUGUUAUUGAGAGGUUGUGUAUUGAAAAACACAGAAUGGGUAAUUGGAGUAGUGGUGUUUACUGGAACUGACACGAAACUUGCGUUGAAUUCUGGUAAAACUCCAUCGAAGCGAAGUCGAAUUGAAAAACAAAUGAAUCCGCAAAUAGGAAUUAAUUUGGCUCUAAUGGUAAUCUUGUGCGUUUUAUGUGCCAUUGGAACAAGGAUUUGGGAAGCGAUCUACGUAAACAGAGAUUCUCCUUUUUUGAAUCAAAAAGGAACCAGUACUGAUAAACCUGGAUUCAACGCUUUCAUUGCUUUUUGGAAUGCAAUGGUCACAUUUCAGAAUAUUGUCCCGAUUUCUCUUUAUCUCUCAAUCGAAUUUAUUAAAAGCGUUCAAGCUUUCUUCAUUUACAUGGAUGACGAAAUGCGAUAUAAAAAGACUGAUACGCCGUGUAUUCCAAAAAAUUGGAAUUUAUCUGACGAUUUGGGUCAAAUUGAAUAUAUAUUUUCGGACAAAACUGGCACACUUACCCAAAAUGUGAUGGAGUUUCGAAGAUGUUCCAUAGCGGGAAAGAUAUAUCACGGAACUAUACCAGAAACCCAAAAAAUAGAUAUAGAUAUUGCGGAACCAAAAAACAACUCUAAAAUUUUAGAUCCAUUAAAGAAUUCUAGCACAUUGAGUUCAUCUGCAGAACCGGACAAACUUCCUUUUACUGAUGUGGAAUUAUUGAACGAUAUGAAUAAUCCGAAUGAUUUAAAACAUGCAGAGGCAAUUAAGAAUUUUUGGAUACUUUUAGCUGUGUGUCAUACUGUUCUUGUCAGCACAACACCGGAAGGCGAGCAGAAUUAUAAGGCUCAAUCACCUGAUGAAGCAGCGCUUGUCAAGGCGGCAAAAGAUAUUGGUUUUACUUUCCGAUCUCGUGAAUCUAACACCAUUUUUAUUACUGACCCAGAGGGUAGAGAAAUUCAAUAUGAGUUAUUAAAUAUUUUAGAAUUCACCAGUGCAAGGAAAAGAAUGAGUAUAAUUUUAAAAUCUCCCGAAGAUGGGACAAUCACAUUGUUUUGUAAAGGUGCCGAUAAUGUUAUCUUUGAACGAUUAAGAACCGGCCAAGAUUAUAUGUUGAACACUACUGGUGAACAUUUAGAAGAAUUUGCAAAAGAAGGUCUGAGAACUUUGUGUUUGGCGAAAAAGACUAUUGACGUCAAAGAAUAUGAAAAAUGGAAUAUCGAAUACCGUGAAGCUUCGACAUCAAUUACUGAACGCGAAAAAAGGGUUGAAACCGUUUGUAAUCAAAUUGAACAAAAUCUCACUCUUCUUGGAGCAACUGCUAUUGAGGAUCGUCUUCAAGAUGGCGUUCCUGAAUGUAUCGCAACUCUGAAACGUGCUGGUAUCAAAAUUUGGGUUUUGACUGGUGAUAAGAUGGAGACAGCAAUUAGUAUUGGAUUCUCCACUUGUCUGUUGAGUAAAGAGAUGAGUUUGAUAGUUAUACGUGGCGGUGCAUAUGGGGAAUCAGGUAGCGCAUAUGAGCAGAUGAGAAAUGCUGUGGAAAAAUUCUUCGGCACAGACCCAGAAAUUCAACAAAAAAUUCAAUCAACUGAAGUCCCACCGGUGAAUCAACUUAAAAACGCUCCGAGUACUUCCACAUCACAUACACGUGAAAUGAGCACCGGAUCAGUAUAUUCAAUGAUGUCGGGUGUAUCGACGACUCCUCGUGCUGGUGGUCACGCUCUCAUAAUUGAUGGCGUAGCUCUUAAACAUGCAUUAGAAGAGCCAUGGAGUCGAGAUUUAUUACUGGAUCUCGCCUGUCGCUGUAAAGGAGUUAUAUGUUGUCGUGUGUCCCCUCUACAAAAAGCAAAAGUAGUUGAACUAGUUAAACAAGGAAAAUCCGUGUUGACUUGUGCUAUUGGUGAUGGUGCUAAUGACGUUAGUAUGAUCCAGGCCGCACAUGUUGGAAUUGGUGUGGCUGGCGAAGAAGGACUACAGGCUGUCAUGGCUUCAGAUUACGCUAUAGCUCAAUUUCGAUAUUUGACGCGUCUAUUGCUUGUUCAUGGUCAUUACGCAUAUGUCCGUAAUACAUCAAUGAUUUUGAAUUUCUUUUACAAAAAUCUUAUCGGUGUUGCAGUUUUGGCAAUAGGCGUGUUUGAUCGAGAUUUCUCGGACAGAGUUGCAAUCGAAAUCCCUGAAUUAUAUCAAUGGGGAAUUUUACAGAAAGCCUUUUCAAUGUUCCGAUUCUUCAUCUACAUGGCCGAAGGACUUUAUCAAUCAUUGGUGUGCUUCUUUGUACCGUAUUUUGCAUAUCAACGAGGGACUGUCAAUCAUAAAGGACGUGAACCAGAUAUUUUAGAAAUGGGUACUACGAUGGCCGUGGCUUGUAUAAUGCUAGCGAAUUUAUUUGUUGGAUUCAAUAUGCAAUGCUGGACGGUACUUCACUUCGUAACGGUAUUUGGGUCAAUCGCGUUGAUCUACAUUUAUAUUGCGAUUUACGCUCUUCUUCCAAUUUCAGAGAUUUAUGGAUACGAAGAAGCUAUUUACGGUAAUGCAGUGUUUUGGCUUUGUCUUUUAUUAACAGUGGUCCUCUCAUUGCUACCCCGAUACUUGGUCAGAUACACACAACGACUUUUGAGACCCCAUGAUAUUGAUAUCGUACAAGAAAUUUGUAAACAAGAUCCGAAUCAUGAUUUCAUACAUGAUCCUAAUUUCAUGCCGCCAUAUGCUACAAAUCUUCGAAGACAACGUACUUGUGAUUCAAAACAUACAACAUCCGAAUCUGUAAAACCAUUAUAUAACGACCGGGAACUGUCACAAUCUCCACGUACAAGUUUCGCAACAGAUCGUACAAUGUCUAUGUCUAUAUUACAUGAUUCAGCAUCAAACAUACCACCGGCACCCUUAAUCCCAAUGGAAUAUAUAGCAGUCUCGAAUGAUACGAUUGAAGGAACCGCAAGCAUGACCAACAUGCGAACUGGAAUAACAACAUCAAUGCGUGGUUAUGCUUUCUCACAAGAAGAAGGCGCUGGGCAAAUGAUUAUGCCAUCGUUAAGACGCCGUAAGACAAAUCCAGGGCCAUUGGGAAGAGUUAGCUCAAUGGAUUACGAAUCAGGAUCUUUACGUCGUCUAAGUUUACCAGAUGUUCGAAGUGCAAGGGAUGUACUUGACAUUUUAGGUGGUAAUAUACCAGUUAUUGAAGGUGAUGAAAAUGUGACUGAGCGAAUACGCAUGGUACACUUUACCGAUGUUACAAGAGAGGAUAGUUUCGACAGUAGUAUUAUUAGUGAAAAUGGUGUUGCUGAUUUUAGUAGUAAUAAUAAUUCGAUGAAUACUGAUUCUGAUAUUCAGGAAAAAAAAAAAUUAGAAGCAGAAGCAACAUUAAUAAUUUUGGUUUUAAACACCUCUUUAUCAUGA